GGUUUUGUGACCAUCACACGCACGAGCUUAUUUCACCGUCAGCGAUCACGGAGGCGUAGUCACACGCACGAGCGCUGUCUGUUUGAAUCACUUGCUUUACAGCCGCGUAUCACUUCAUAACGCUAUAAGUCGGAUGAUUUGCAUUUUAAAACGUAUUUAACCAAAUACUUAACUGAACCUUUAUAUGGACUGCGCUCUUUGCAGCAUUCUGCGUGUUUCCCCACUGUAUUUUCCCCGUAGAUAGUAGUUCGAUUUCAGAAGAAGACGAAAUGGCAACGGACGAGCUGUCAUCGAAGCUGAACCGCAGGCUGCAGAUAGAGGAUGGCGAGCACGAGCCGGUCGCCCUGGACGAGGCGCAUGAGAACGGAGCGCACGAGAAAGCGGCCACAACCAGCGCGGAUUCAGAGCUCGGGGCAAAACUGCAGCGGCGCGGGGAGCUCAACGAGGGCGUCGGUGAACACCAGCAGCCCAGCAUGAAGGUGUUCAACCCCUACACCGAGUUCAAGGAGUUCUCGAGGAAGCAGAUCAAAGACAUGGAGAAGAUGUUCAAACAGUAUGAUUCCGAGAAAGAUAACUUCAUCGAUCUGAUGGAGCUGAAGCUGAUGAUGGAGAAACUCGGUGCACCUCAGACUCACCUGGGCCUGAAGAACAUGAUCAAAGAAGUAGAUGAGGACUUGGAUGGCAAACUCAGCUUUAGAGAGUUUCUCCUUAUCUUCAGAAAGGCAGCAGCUGGAGAGCUGGCGGAGGACAGCGGGCUUCAUGUCUUGGCACGUUUGUCAGAGAUUGACGUGUCUACUGAGGGAGUGAAGGGAGCCAAAUCAUUCUUUGAGGCAAAAGUGCAGGCCAUUAACGAAUCAAACCGGUUUGAGGCUGAAAUCCGUCAGGAGCAGGAAGAGAAGAAGCGUCAGGCGGAGGAGAGGAAACAAAGACAAGCUGCUUUCAAAGAGCUAAAAUCAGCCUUCAAAUAACCUCAUCCACCUCGACAGCCUCGAUUUACUCAUCCACUUUUGUCCGUCUGUCUGUCAUCAGAGUCCCCUGCAAUCAGAGAUACUAUGCAAGGCUGUGAAAUGCUCCGAGAUCCAUGCAGAUUCAUCUUCCUGAGAAAGGGACACCUAUGUCGGUGUUGAAAUUGUCUGUUUUACCAUUGCCUGUUUCUCUCACUCACUCUCAGGCUUAAUUUAAAUGUGAAGCCAGACACUGAUCUCAAUACACUGGAUUGGAUUUGCUUUGUUUCAGUCACAUGUGUAUAUAUUUACUGUAGUUCAUUCUCCCCAUCGUUGCGUCAGUUUUGUUUUAGCUGGAAUGGCAUUUUAUCUUGUUCUCGUCGAUGAUUCAGUAGAUUAAAAUCUAACAUUUUAAAAGUGUUUUUUUUUUUUUUUUUUUAAUCAACUAGUACUCUCAGUAUGCCAUAUCCAGUCCGUUGUAUUCAUAUCAGUGGCAACUGCACUAGUGCAAAACAUCAUUUCCUGUUUCACUAGGAAAUGCUUUUCACUGUACCGUGACUAAUUAAAAUUUCCUUGCUGACCAUUUGAACAUGAGAAGACAAACAUUAGUAUACACCAGACCUCUGCUCUCAUUCACAGAUACAUUAGAUACUAAGAGCAUAAAAUAACUUAUAUUUUUACUGAGCAGAGAGAGAGAUGGAGAAGUGGUUUUGGGUGUAUGUGCAUGUGUGGUGAUGAUUGUAAUAGUGUUUGUUGAGUGUUUAUCAAUAUUUUCUUGCAUGGUCACUGUGACGUUUUUCCUACAUGGUUCUCUUUUAGUCUUUAAGGUGUUCAGUGCUAAAUGUGGCACAUACGAGGCAUGAAAUCCACCUCCUCAGGUUUUAUUUAAAAAGGGAUAGUUCCCCAAAAAAUCAUUUACUCACCUUUGUGUCUUUCCAAAGCUGUAUAACUUUCUAUUCUUUGGUGUUUCGCAGAAGAGUGAAGGUCAUACAGGUUUGGAACAACAUGUGGGUGAGUUUUCCCUUAAAGAGUUAACCAACUCAAUCAGUGUCUGGAUUGCAUAAUAUUAAUCAAAUUAUGACCAAUAUUACAAGCCUUUGCACAGCAGCCCAUGCUUCGUGAGAUGAGGUGAAAGCAAAUGUUUCAUGCUUAAAGACAUCAUUGGCUAAUGAAAUAUGCAUGGCUUUUCUGUAGAGCCAGAGCAUGUAUUCCAACAUCAAAAUGUCAGAAAUGUCAGUGUGUCUGAAAAGGAUCUAAUAUUUAAUUAUUUUGUUUUAAAAAUAGAAUGGGCUUCAACGUUUACUCUCACAUCUUCUGAAAAAUGAGGGAACAUUUCUAAUGAAAUCAUCCAAAGGUUUUGUGGUCAUGUGACGCAGUACACUGUGGCAAAGGUAACAGAUUCUAUGUAUAAAGACAAAUCUAUAUUUUCAUGUGAUGAAAAUUAAAAAUAAUUUUAGUUUUGUAUGGAAAAGGGGUCUUGUGAAAAGAAACAUUCUUAUUUUCUCAAUAUGAAAUUUGUUGCCUACAAUCUUGUCUCCCUUCGGUUCUUUGUAUAUCCGAUAUUCCUUAGGUUUUUCCAUUACAAUCUAAUCAGUAAAGGCAAAAUACCUUUAGUCUUUUCUAUAAUGGAGACAAUAUUGUUGGCAAUUGCUAUGCUUCACUGGUAAAUGUUCUUGUUUGAUCACUAGUUCUGUGGAAAUUCAAACAAUAAGUGUAUAAAUAUUUGUCUCCCAAUCUUUCCAGCCAUCCACAUCUUCUUUUUUUUUCAUUUGUUAUCUAUUGUUCAGUUUAGAAGUAAUUUAAAUAUUGUCUGUUAAGGGGUGAAUGUAGUAGUGUUAAUGUUAUUGAUUGGUGAAUGAGGAGUCGACUGAUGACACCAAUCAAACACCUGUUGUGUUCUUUUAGAAGCCAUAAACCAUUCUGUCAUUCCUUUUGAGAUUUUAACUGUUCCAUUGUCGUCGUGCCAAAUGAUUUCACACUUCUGUACUGUUAAGCUUAUUUUAGUGCAACAUUCCACUGUGAAAUUGCCUGAAAUCCAUCAGGAUACUUCUGAUCAACAGCCCCAGGAGAGAUUUAAAUUUAUAUGAGAACAGCUAAUUAGAAUUUAGACUGAACAUCACUGAUCCACAAUGUUAAAAAUUUAAAAAAGUAAUAACUCAUAAUUAAUCAGUAAAACCCCAUUUUAUGGUUUUGGUUUUUAUUAUUAAUGUUUACACGUCUGAAUGAUUACAUUAGAGCUUUGGCUGUAUUAACUGUAUUAAAUUUCUGUGGGAAAAAAAAAAAUGCUUUUUCCAAGGCAGAUAACACAAAAAGCACAACAUUUUUAAACAUUUAUUUUUCUUUUAUUUAAACUUUUCUGUGAAAUGUGAUGAUCAAAAAUGGCUGUGUAGUUAAACAAUUUCAUUUUAUGGCAUGUUUUUUUGUUUCAUUCAUCAUUCCAGUGAUUUGACAAUGGUUGAGAGGGCCUUGAAUCAUCUAUCUGUACCUUACUGUCGCUGUCUGUGUCAGUUGAAACUCGUGGUUAUGGUAUCAUACUCUUGUAGGCUUAUGAUAUGUGGCUUCUCUAAUAUGCACAUUUAUUUUAGAUUUUCUUACUAAAAUGUAUAAUUAUUCUUGUGACAAUAAAAAUACUUUUCAUUC